GGAACACAUGUCGAGGUUUGAGUGUGUAGGCCUGGCGAGCAAAGCCGUGAUCUGAAGAAGCAAAUAGACUAGAAAAUAAAAAUAAUUUUUGAUAGAGUGGAUUUAUUAACUCAAAUAUAGAGAAUGAGUAUGAGCGAUGAAGACCGAGAAAUCGACAUUGAAAGUGAUGCUGAUGAUGAAGAAAGCCCACAGACUUUCAGUUCAGAUGACAAAAGAGCACACCAUAAUGCAUUAGAAAGGAAAAGAAGAGAUCACAUAAAGGACAGUUUCCACAGCCUUCGAGAUUGUGUACCUCAAGAUGAUAAUAAGACUAACUCCUCUAGCAAGACUUCCCGUGCACAAAUUUUGAGACAAGCUGCUGAAUACAUCAUAAGAAUGAGAGACAAAACUACACAGAAUGACAGGCAUAUAACAAUACUUAAACAACAAAAUGAAGACUUGCAAGCUCAAAUCAAAGCUCUACAAAAAUCUCAGUCUGGGGGCAAAUCAGUUUUGAGUACCAGUUACAUGGAUGAUGAUAGAGGAGAUGAUUAUGAAAGCUAUGAAGAGGAGACAGUAGUAACAUCACCACCCAUAAAACGCAAAAAGGCAAAGACAUCAAAUAGCUGAAAGGUUUUAAUGGUUUUUGUUUUGAAAUAUGUUGUAUCUCAGUGGUGGUUGGACUUGAUUGAGAGGUGGGUGAUGUUUCCCUAAAAAGUAGUACAUUGAUGUCCAUUAGCUUAUACUUAUAACAAUGUGUGUAAGGCAAUUUUUUCUGUAUGUCAAAAUCUAAAGAUUUUUCUAAAAUACUUGUAUUUUUUGUCAUUCAAAUGUAUUUUCUCUCCAAUUUGUCUAUAGUGCUUAUUAAAACUCAUCUAAUCUUAUGACAAGUUAACAGAAAAUAACUUUUGGUUAAUGACCUUGAAGAAAUGCCAAAACUUGCCAUAUGUUUUAAUGAUACAGUUUUUAAAAGUUUAAACUGAAGUGUUCUAACUUUAUGAUGGAGAAUGUUAAAAUUUUAAAUUAUUACAUUAUUGUGGAGGCAAAACAAGUUUUUUUUUUCUUUCUUUUUGGAAACUUUCUUAGUUUGAUAUUUAAACACAAAAAUAAUUUGGGGGGCAUACACAAUUUCUUUAAGGUAUGCUUUUAGUUAUCGAAAUUGCUCGAAAUUAGUAUUGUGUGUGUGUAGUGUUCCUUUUCAUACUAAGUAUGAAUCAAGGAAAAAAGUUUUCUAACAUCUUUAGGUCAUCUAGACAAUUACUUAGAUCAUUCUCAUUUUGAGGUGUCUGUUAUGUAUUAAGAUUGACAAGAGCCUUUAAUUGACCUAGAUAGUUCCAUCUGGUGUGAAGAUAGUGAUAGUUUUCUAGUUAUACAAUUCUAUUAGUACUAACUCAUGUGACUCAACGCACAAUCUUCUCAUCAGUGAAAAAUUGACAAAAAACACUCAAUAAUAGCCACUUGAACUUGAAUGUGUCCAUAAAAAAUAAAUUUGGAUUACGCUUACUUUUUUUCUUUUGUAUCUUCCCUUGGUUAAUGUAAAUUGCUCAUUGUAGUAAAGAAUUGUAAAAUAGGUUUUGGCAAUAUCAUUUAAUUGUAAUCUAGCUGUAACAUCAAGUAAUUAAAAAAAUUUGAAAUUUAAUACUUUAAUAUAAUUUAUAUUAAGAUAUUGAAUUUUAAGGAAUGAAAAAUUGCAUGUUUUUAAACUUAUAUAUGCAUAACAAAAAAAAGCUAUGAUUAUGUUCAUUUUGAGGUAGAUUUUCUUGAUUAUACCCUUACUUUGUGGAUGUAUGGUUCAUUGUCAGUCAGCAUUCUUGUCUGCUAUUUUAAAGCAAAUGCCAGUUGAGAGAAAAAUGUGAAUGCUGAGUUGGGUAGGGGGAGGGUAUUCUGAACAAUAUUUAAAUCAUUAAUAGUGAAAUGUUUUUGUUGAUUGAUUUUAAUAAAAUUAAAAGGGUUUUAAUGCUGAUGAAUCAUGUCCCAAAUGUGGAGUAGGAAUGAAGACUUGUUUUAAAAAGUAAUUAUACCCCGUGUUAUGGUAGUUAUUCCUACUUGAGGGUUGUAUAUAAUACAUGUGAAAUUAUUCACAUGCUUGGCAGCUUUUUUUUUUGUUGUUGUUUUCAUUAUUCAUGUGUGAUAAAUAUGCACAGUGUCUUUUUCCCCACUGAAACAGAAUGUCUUAACCCGAUCUUGUGUUAGCAUAGGCCUUUUUAAAAAAAAAUAAUUAUCAAUCUUAAUUAUUACCUUUAAUUUUUACUUGACCUAAUGACUUACAUUUGAUAUGCAGAGAAAAAAAAAUUUAAAAUUGAUAUUUUUUAAUAAAGUUGUAGUGUUAUGUUGAAGUGUGCUCUGAUAUUGUGCUGACAAUAAAUAAUUCUAUACUUAGUUACUUUGAUGACUUGUAGGUUAAAACAGCUGAUCUGAAUGUGUUAGUAUAUCUAUUAUUUGUUCUCAAUAAACUGUGUACAUUUC